AUGUAUAUAUUCAAUAAAGCGUUUGAUAGAUCAAUGGCGUUAGACGAAAAUAAUAUGAAACUGAAGAGUGGACAUCGCUUGAAAAAACGGCCGCGUUUAGAGGAACGCAGAAAAACGACAGAAAGUAAACUUGGAGAAAAGAAAAAUGAGAAGGGUCAAGCACUUGAGAUGGUAAGUUGGCUACCGACGAAGCAAGUGGGAAAUGUUUACAUAGUUGUCCCUUUCAACUAUGAAAAUUCGAUUAAGAAUCAUGAAAAAAGCUAGUAUGCAGUUAAAAAAGGGUCAGUAGGGUUGGGCGUAUGUAAAUAGUAGUAUUACAAGGGUGGGAGUUGGUUCAUUACAUUCCGGCCGUGACGUGGUGAGAUUAGGUAGUCAGCAAAUUAAAAAUGCAAUUCUCGGAAACUUUGAAAAAAAGUUUCCAUUCCAUACUACAGCUAUGCCUUGUCAAGAGGAUCGCUUGGCUGUGGUGAGUAUUGAAAAAAAGACAGAUGAGUUUAAAUAAUGAACAUUCGUGUAAAAUCGCGCCCACACUGCUUAGUUUUUCCCUCGCAAGCAUGUGUAAAGCAAAGGCUACCUUAUAUUUUUAAAGAGAUUAAAAAAAUCAUUUUUGAGCAAUGAAAACAUUUAGCACAAAGCCAUAAAACUCCACAGUCCAUAAAAUAUUACAACCGGUCUUUUGUAAAACCUUUGGAUAAAAGCUUACCUACUUUGUACUUCUUCAUUCGUUGUACUGCAUUUCAAGAAUCGUCAAGAGCUAUAACUUGUGCUUGUUAAACAGGAAAAUAUUCAUCUUUUCUGUUAUAAGCAACUUGCGAAAAAUGGCGGACAAUGAUCUGUCAAUCAACCGCCAUCACUUGCAUUAAUCACUCGCGUCAUCACUAGCGGAAUCACAUUUAUCAACGUCGUUCCCAGGGCAUCUCUACCAUUCUCGCAAGUCCUAUGUUAUCGAUUCUUGGCCUCGGUACUGUUAAGCUCCUAGUAAAGAGUCCUUUCCAUUGAACAAACAUUUAUGGUUUUUCCUUUUUUCUAUCUAUUAAGGAAAUAAACUGGAUCGAUGGAAUUAGUAGCUCGAAUUCAUCUAUACCUAAGGCAAGAGAAGACAACCGCUCAGAGAGGCAGCUUCAGUCCAACGAAGAUGGUAAUAGUGUCGGUUUUUUAUUAUAAUUAUUAUUAUCAUGACUCUUUUCAUUUUAAGAGUUUUUCCUUCAAUGUGUAACUUUUCUAUAUUACACAACUAUACAUGUAGAGCAUAUUAAGAAACGCCUGGCCUCGUUGACUCGGUCCACAGUUUAAGUUACGGAUGCUUGUUUUUCCCAUUGAAUUGGGCCAAGACACUCUAAGGGGGUAGCCUUUUACAGUAUCUUGUCCAAGCGAAAAGCGCACCGGUGGAAGUAAAUCUUGAGGGAAAAAAAUGAGAAUUCAUAGCUCACAGGACCAAGAAAAACAUCGCGGGGUGGGGGGCGCAUAAUCGGGGGCGAGGGAAGGAAAACUUUCAAAUUUAGCAGGAUAGUUAACUCUGGUUAACUCUGCUUAUGAUCUGUUGUAAAAAUUCUUCUUUUUUUAUUUUUUUUGUGUCUAAUUUUUGUGAUCUUCAGAUAAACUUGACUGCUACACUCUGGGAGAUGUGAUUGGCCGUGGUUCAUUUGGUAAAGUCAUUGCAGCCACGCGUAAGGCUGACAAACGUCCGGUAAGAAAUAGCGAUAGUUAAACGCUUUCUUGGGUGAAAAAAAAAAUGUUAAAAUAAAAGUGUCAAAUCUUCCAAAAAUAAACAAAAAUUACUGGAAAACAUCAUAUACAAUAGAAGGCGAAGAAAACCAUGUUACCAUUUUCAUACCAUUAAUGUUAGGCCCAGGCCAAGCGUCGAACUUUUCAUGAGACGAACCAGUUCCUUCAUGAAAUUUCGACGUAUGGCUCAGUUAAGUUCGUGUGAAUGAAUUUGGAUUGUCCAACCAGCAGCGUAGCGUCGAUAUUUGCACAUAUGCCUCUGCAUGCAGCUGAAAUCUGGAAAAAAAUGUAUUUUAUAUUUCCUGAAAGCAUUUUUAUCGUUAAAUGGGAAUGACAUAAAUUUUUCGCAUUGUAUUGGUGUCCUUACCCAUCUGAAGGUUAGACGUCUCGCUCUUUGUUGUAACCUCCUUAAUGGCGUCACUCUUUUACACUUUUUUAAACCGUAAACGCUGAUAACUCUAGGGAUGGGUAAAUAAACAACUAAGUACUGCAUUUUCCUUCGUUUUUAUUUGCUGAAGAUGACCUUCGGAAAACUCGAGAAAUGGCAUUUCCGGGACCCUAAAUUUAAGACCCCCCUGGUUUGGAGGGCCCUCCACGCUUUAACGCUCAGUUCCCGUUCCCAGUUACAGUUUUGCUUUUUGGUCUGAUUCAGUUGAUUGGUUCAACGCGUACAUGUAUAACGAUGUCCUCGAUAUAACGAACAAUUUUCUAUACCCCAGGAACAGUAAAAUAUAUGAAAAAGAAACUCAUUAUAGCAACAAAUUUUGCCAGUCCCUUGGCCCUUCGUUAUGACGAGGUUCCAUUUUACCAAGUUCGACGUCUGACCCAAGAGAAGAUCUUAACUUAAAUUAGGUUGACCCAAAUAAAAGUUGGCUCGUCUCAUGAAAUGUUCGACGUUUGCCCUUGGCCUUAGUGUGUUUAUGUCACUGUCAGCGUGAGGAUGAGUCCUUUUUCCUUGAGGGCAAACUUAAGAAAUCUUCGUUUUAUUUGUUGCCGGUGGAUUCUUGCGUACUAGUAUGGUCAUCUCGGCAGUUAACCGUAAAUGUCAUCUUUAACCAUCCCUAUCCGGUUUGUACUAAUAGAUUACGAGAUAAAAAAAACUACGCUUCUUAAGCGUAAGAGAAUGUAGUAAUAAAUAAAUUGAUAGUGACUGAUUUACCACUUUUUAUCAUUUUUCCUUCUCAGGUGGCUAUUAAAUUUGUCAGAAAACAUUCCGUAAAGGAGUUUAAAGAGGUUAGUCCGUGAACGUAAUGGGAAAGACAUCUGAAAAACACACUCCCCUAAUCACAGUGACACAGUUUUAAUACUGGUGUUUUUGAAAUCACCAAGGUACAUUUGGAGAUAGGUUUAACCACUUCAUUGUCCUCUUUUGCUUCAGCUUAAUGGUAAACAAGUUCCACCCGAAGUUUAUCUGCUGAACAAGGUUCAACAUAACAACGUCAUCAAGAUUUACGAUUUCUUUGCAACAGAAGACUAUUACGUCUACGUUAUGGAAAGACCACAUAUUUGCGAAGAUUUGAGUCGCUUUUUAGUUAAGAGAACACUCAGCGAGGAUGAAGCAAGAAGCUACUUCUCACAGAUUGUAGAGGCCAACGUCAGCUGCGAGGAGAAUGGGGUCGUUCACAGAGAUCUCAAACCCUCGAAUAUCCUGGUUGAUUUGGAGACUGAUGACGUCAAAUUAAUUGACUUUGGUUUAGCUUCUGAGAUUCAAUAUGAGCCUUACAACCUGUUCAGAGGUAGGCCACAAGGAGAGGUUCAGCAAUCAGAGCAAUGCAGACUAGCGGGAGGGUAAAGUUGUAAUCAGUAGCGCAGAGGGUUAUGAUCUGCUGAAAAAAGCGUUUCGCUGAUCUCUUACCACCUGCUAAUAAAAACCAGUUCGUCCCGCAGUCGCAAGUAAAACGCGUUUGGAGGGAGCAUUGUCAUUGGUUAUUCUUGUGCUUCAGUUAAGGACUGCUGUAAUGUGGUUUUCAUUAGAUCACAAGCAAUGGAGUUACGUUAUGAUCCUUACUUCUCCGAUUUCUCUAAGUCAUGAAUCUGCUUGCUUAAAAAAAUACUUGUAUCAUAAAUAACAUUAACACUGAUGGAAUAUUAUUUUAAUGAAGCGUUUUACAUGUUUCAGGUACAAGGGCUUAUAUGGCGCCGGAAUACUUCCGAUUCGGUUGGUAUGAUGGCUGCCAGUCAACAGUCUGGGCUCUGGGGAUGAUCUUAGUGGAAAUGCUCUCCCCAUAUAUGGCGUUCAACAGACCUGAGCAGGCUUUCAAAAUGCCGCUCAGAAUCCCCAAACAUCUUUCAGCAGGUAAUACAUGGUAA